UGGGUGACACCACGCGCCGAAGCCUGGGAUUCGCUCUGAUGAAGCGUAUCUCAACCAACCAGCUCUUGCUACGGAUCUGGAGAAGGCGUGCCAACUAGCCCAGAGCCAAUCUGUGGCCGAGAAAAGGACAACAGGGCGGGGACAGUCCCUUCCCAAUCGGAAGUGCCGGGGGGCGGGCCCCCCAGUUCAGGCAGGCUACGGCGCCAUGAAUAUCUUGCCCAAGAAGAGCUGGCACGUCCGCAACAAGGACAAUGUCGCCCGCGUGCGGCGUGACGAGGCUCAGGCUCGGGAGGAGGAGAAGGAGCGUGAACGAAGGGUGCUGCUUGCUCAGCAAGAGGCCCGCACAGAAUUUCUACGGAAGAAAGCCAGGCAUCAGAACUCACGGCCUGAGCUGGAAGCAGCAGAGGCAGAAGCCCCAAGUUCUGGCCCUGUGGACCUAUUUCGGGAACUGCUGGAGGACGGGAAAGGGGUAGCCAGAGGCAAUAAAGAAUAUGAGGAAGAGAAGCGACAGGAGAAGGAGAGGCAGGAGAAAGCCCUGGGCAUCCUGACGUACCUGGGCCAGAGCGCAGCCGAGGCCCAGACUCAGCCUCCGUGGUACCAGCUGCCGCCUGGGCGAGGCAGCCCCCCGCCUGGCCCAGGCCCAGACGAGAAGCUCAAGAGCCGCCUGGACCCUCUGCGGGAGAUGCAGAAACACCUGGGGAGAAAGAGAAGGCCGAGCAGCGACGAAGGCAGGAAGGACAAGAAAGGCAGCAGGGAAAAGGAGGCAUCUGGGAAGCAGCGGCUUCACAAACCCCCAACCCUAGACCAGCUCCGAGCUGAACGGCUCCGGCGGGAAGCGGCUGAGAGGGCUCGGGCAGAGGCCCUGCUGGCACGGAUCCAAGGCCGGGCACCACAGGAAGGGGCGCCCCCGCCGGCAAGAACCCUACUUUGCUCCCUGACUUUGGUGGGGGAUAUAGGAGAGGCUGCUGCUGCCAGGCGUCAUAUAAAACUAUUUAUUCAUAAAUAUUUUCCAAAAUGAAAA